CCCAGGUUCCCCAUGUUGAACAUGUCCACCCCCAGUGAGCUGAAGUCUCCCUGCAUGACUCGCAAUGGAAUGGUGAAGCUGCCCCCCAGCCAGCCUAACGGACUGGGCAGCGCCAGCAUCACCAAAGGGACGCCGGCCGCUAAGAACCGCCUAUGCCAGUCCUCCUCCGUCCCCUCCAUCCUGCCUCCUCCACCGUCCUCCCUCCCCUACCACCACCACCUGCACCAUCUGGACGGCUCCGGCCUGCCGCACGCCGCCCCCCCCCUGCUGCCCUCCGACCUGGAGCCGGGGAAACCUCUGGUGGGACUGAAGCCGUCUCUCCGUCACCUUCCCCCGAUCACUUUGCCUAAACCUGUGCUGCUGGAGCGGCAGCUGGUCCUGGACGAGAAGCUCCUCAACCGCCUGCUGUGGUACUUCACCACCGCCGAGAAAUGUGUGCUGGCUCAGGUGUGCAAGACGUGGCGGAAGGUGCUGUACCAGCCCAAGUUCUGGGAGGGUGUGACGCCCAUCUUGCACGCCAAGGAGCUUUACAACAUCCUCCCCAACGGAGAGAAGGAGUUUGUCAGCCUGCAGGCCUUUGCUCUGCGCGGCUUCCAGUCCUUCUGCCUGGUCGGCGUUUCGGACCUCGACAUCUGCGAGUUUAUUGACAACUACCCGCUGUCCAAGAAGGGCGUCCGUUAUCUCAGCCUCAAGAGGUCCACCAUCACAGACGCUGGCUUGGAGGUCAUGCUGGAGCAAAUGCAAGGCCUGAUGCAUCUGGAGCUGUCAGGAUGCAACGACUUCACAGAAGCCGGCCUGUGGUCCAGCCUCAACGCCAGGCUGACCUCCCUCAGCGUCAGCGACUGCAUCAAUGUGGCUGAUGACGCCAUCGCUGCUAUCUCCCAGCUCCUGCCCAACCUGUCAGAGCUGAGCCUGCAGGCCUACCAUGUCACUGACACAGCCAUGGCCUACUUCACAGCCAAACAGGGCUACACCACCCACACUCUACGGCUGCAGUCCUGCUGGGAGAUCACCAACCAUGGGGUGGUGAACAUGGUCCACAGUCUCCCCAACCUGACCGCCCUCAGCCUCUCCGGCUGCUCCAAGAUCACGGACGACGGCGUGGAGCUGGUGGCCGAGAACCUGAGGAAGCUCCGCAGCCUGGACCUGUCCUGGUGCCCCCGGAUCACGGACAUGGCCCUGGAGUACAUCGCCUGUGACCUGCACAAACUGGAGGAACUGGUGCUGGACAGGUUAGAGAGAAAGCAGAACACUGCGGUGUCCUUUAUGGAAUCCAGUCUGUGUGGAAUGUUCCAGAGAUUGUCUUGUUUGGUGCAAGAUUUCGGUCUGCAGCAUUUGUUUGGAAUGAGGAGCCUUCGUCUUCUGUCUCUUGCAGGCUGCCCCCUGCUGACCACGACCGGCCUGUCAGGCCUCAUCCAGCUGCAGGAGCUAGAAGAACUGGAGCUGACCAACUGUCCUGGAGCCACCGCCGAGCUCUUCAAGUACUACGCCCAGCACCUGCCCCACUGCAUGGUCAUCGAAUAAGACCGCCCAGCCCUCAUCAGACAGACCACCUCCUUCAACCUCGUCCUUUUCACACUGACCUGUUCCUGCAUUGUUCCUCCUCUCCUGCCCCACCACACUUCACCCACCGCCCCCCUCAGCCACCUGAACGGAGAGGCAGGAAGGUACAGGAAGGGACCCGCCGCGGAUAAAGGCAAGGAUGGCGUCUGAGCUUUGCUUUAGAAGAUGCGUGAAGAACUUGAUGAGACGUCUUGUCUGACAGCAAGUUUUCACGGUGAAGGGAAGGCUGUUAGUCCCGGAGGAGCCUCUCUGCCGACCUGGAGGGAGUUUUUUAAUAGAAAAGUUGGAGAAGGGAGUUCAGAGCCAGAAGUUCUGAAGAGGAAGUUCAAAACUUUUUGUUUGAUGAAGAUAAAGAGUUUUUUUAGCCGUUUAAACUCACACAUAAGCUCAUAAACUGAAACCUAUUCUAUAUGUAAAUGAAGCAAAUAUAACUCCUGGAGAUCAUGAGUGCUGACUCCC